GUAGGAAAUCAUGAGUAUAUCUGUGCUGACAGAUCUUUUCAGUCUUCUCAUGAGAAAGAGUUGACAAGCCAGCUUCUUCGAAAGAAUAUCAAUAUGAUGGGACCAUUUAAGUGACUGGUCUAAAGUAAUACCUAAUAGUGUGUUCAGCAAAACUCAGGAUCGAUUUAUUUCAUUCAAAAGCUGAAAUAUUUCUCAGUUAAUAUGGGAAUGUUUUCAGUAGGCAGCCACUCUGGAUGGCCCUCAAGUUCACUGCCAAUACUGACCAGUGAGAAUUCCACAAUCCACUUGACAACACAGGAAGGUUCAUUACUAGUAUCUAUCACACCGUUAACGGUACCUUUCGGGUGCGCAGUGACGACGAUUUUGAUGAAGUUAGUGGGAAGAAAAACAUUGUUGCUCUUUUUGCCAAUUCCACUCACGGCAUCUUGGUUAUUCAUUGCCAUGGCUACCUCAAAAAUCCAUUUGUACAUCGGAAGAGUUCUUGGGGGAUUCACUGAUGCCGCCAUAUUCAAUGUCGGUCCUGCAUAUUUAUCAGAAAUAGCUGACCCUGAAGUUAGAGGAUUUUUUGGUACUUCACAGACGGUAUCAUUUGGUCUUGGUAUAUCAUUAUUCAACGUAUUUGUUACAUUCAUGUCAUCGGAGGCGGUAGCAUAUCUGCUAGCAGCACUAACUCUCAUCAUGUAUAUCACAAUACCAUUAGUACCGGAAAGUCCAUACUAUUGCUUGUUGAAAGGAAAUACUGAAGAGGCAGCGCUCAGUCUGAGAAAGCUGAGAAGCAAGCAAGACAUUCAGGAAGACCUGGACCGAAUAUCCAAGAGUAUAUUGGAACACGGAGAUGAUAAAGGAAAAGUAACAGAUAUGUUGACAAAGAAGCAUUUCAGGCGAUGUCUUUGGACUAUUUUAAUUUUAUCCUUCACUCAGCACUUAUCCGGAAAUUAUGCAAUUCAAGCAUAUUAUGAAACAAUAUUUGAGAAUAGCGAAACCAUGUCUCCUCGAGUGGCAAAUUGUGUUUAUUACGUGGUGUUCUCCAUUGCAAGCAUAGUUUCACCACUUUUGGUAGACAUUUCUGGCAGGAAACCACUUUUACUCCUCUCUACAGGGUUAACCGCAUUGACUUUGUUCGCAAUUGGAAUUUUCAUGUAUUUCAAAAGUUCUUUGAAUCUUGACACGCGUUUCGAAUACGUACAGUUAUUGCUGUUCCUUCUUCAGGCCAUAGCAUUCAGCGCUGGGCUUCAUACAAUACCUUGGUUGGUAGCAAGUGAGAUUUUUCCAUCCAACCUGGUGGGAACAGCACUUUCUAUAGCUAAUAGCAUCUACAGUGUUUCAAUGCCUGCAACUGUUUUCAUGUUCGAAAAGACUUACUAUUCAAUUGGUGUUUAUGUUCCCUUUUUUCUGUAUGGGAUUUUUUGCGUUAUUGGAAUGGUGUUGAUUCCAAUUUUCUUGGUUGAAACAAAGGGAAAAUCUUUGGAAGAGAUACAGAGAGAGAUCAGACGAACGAAACCAAAGACAGAACAGAAUCUCAACUUACAAGUGAAUGAUAUGUUCAAAAAAUCUCCAUUAGAUUAUAUACCAUCCCACUAAGAAUACUUAAUCUACAAUGUCAUCAAUUAUAUGGAAGUUAGGUUUGAAUAAGUCAUUCUAGUGGAUAUGAAGACGAUAUCCAUGUGAUGAUGGUUCAAUACGUGUGGAAGUUUCUGUUCAUGGCCCUUUGAUGUAACGUUUAACCCGAGUUUACACCGAAUAAAUGAAAUUAUUUGAUUGAAUUUUAUAUAGUUAUAUCCAGGCAAUAUAUCAUUUCAUAUUAUUUAAAACAAGGUAUUACACCAAACAAAAACAAUUGUAUUCGUUCCUUCUCCAUUAUAUUUAUGGGUAAAAUUUUGGUACCAACAAUUACAAAGCAUUUUCAUGAAUUGA